UCAGUGCGCAUGUUCACUGGGCGUCUUCUGCCCGGCCCCUUCGCCCGCGUGAAGAACGCCAGGGAGCUGUGAGGCAGUGCUGUCUGGUUCCUGCCGUCCGGACUCUUUUUCCUCUACUGAGAUUCAUCUGUGUGAAAUAUGAGUUGGCGAGGAAGAUCGACCUAUCGGCCUAGACCAAGACGCUAUGUACAGCCUCCUGAAAUGAUUGGGCCUAUGCGGCCCGAGCAGUUCAGUGAUGAAGUGGAACCACCAACACCUGAAGAAGGGGAACCAGCAACUCAACGUCAGGAUCCUGCAGCUGCUCAGGAGGGAGAGGAUGAGGGAGCAUCUGCAGGUCAAGGGCCAAAGCCUGAAGCUGAUAGUCAGGAACAGGGUCACCCACAGACUGAGGGUGAGUGUGAAGAUGGUCCUGAUGGGCAGGAGAUGGACCCGCCAAAUCCAGAGGAGGUGAAAACGCCUGAAGAAGGUGAAAAGCAAUCACAGUGUUAAAAGAAGACACGUUGAAAUGAUGCAGGCUGCUCCUAUGUUGGAAAUUUGUUCAUUAAAAUUCUCCCAGUAAAGCUUUACAGCCUUCUGCAAAGAAGUCUUGCGCAUCUU